AGUCAUCACCGCAAUUAACGUAGUCAAGGUCUUCGGAAUUCUCUUGCGGGGACACGGCCAUGGGAUGAAGUGGAGAAGCAAAGCUAAAAUAAUCAUUGAAGAUUUGUAAACUAGGCUUGAGAUACCAGCCUUUGGCAGCAACCUUAUUUUUUUUUCGGGAAGAAUCGACACGUCCUGAAACGCCGUUUUUUCUGGGCUUCUGGCGGCCUCAAUCUGCGCUUGCUAUCUCUCGGGAUCCCCCGAGAACUUAUCACCGCGACCAAGGUCCUGCACACGCAGCGAGAUGGAAAUGAGAUGGAUUUUUCAGUCUGUAUCUGGGCCUCGCUUAUAUAACUAGCCAGAUCUGGCCCCAGCUCUCGGCGAACGGCCAGAAGACUCAGUCCAUUCAAAUCCUUACUUCAUUUCUCUCGAGGAGAAUUCCCCAAAUUAAUAUAACUUCGCGUCUUUGAUAAGACCAGUAUUAAAAGAUGUUGAAUCUUGCUUCCCUCUCUGCUUUUGGCAGACGGACGGUCCAUAAAUGGACCACCAAAGAAGGCUUCUUGGGUGACUAUGACUAUAAGUACCUUUUUGUGCCGGACGUGCCUUUCACAAAGAAGGAGGCAAAAACCCAGCCGUUCUUUGGCUUGAACUCGGACAUGCCGCUUUUUCUUGGAUUCAUUUUGGGUUUCCAGCAUGCCUUGGCCAUGUUGGCCGGUGUGGUGACUCCCCCCCUCAUCAUUUCCGCCACAGCAAACUUAUCCACAUCGACCUCCGAAUAUCUUGUUUCGGCAUCGUUGAUUGCAUCGGGGAUUUUGUCUUGUAUCCAGAUCACACGCUUCAAGAUCUAUGGUACGCCGUACUACAUUGGUACAGGAUUGCUUUCGGUGGUGGGCACGUCGUUUUCCACCAUCACCAUUGUUUCAAGCGCGUUUCCCAUCAUGUAUUCCAACGGCAUGUGCUCGGUUGUUGACGGCGUGGACCAGGCAUGUCCGGAGGGGUACGGGCGUAUCUUGGCCACCGGCAUAGUGUGUGCGUUGAUCAACGUCUUGCUAUCAUUCACACCCUCUAAGAUUCUCCAGAAAGUGUUUCCUGCCAUUGUCACCGGCCCGGUCGUGCUUUUGAUCGGUGUCAAGUUGAUCGAAAGUGGGUUCAAAGAUUGGGUCGGAGGCUCGUCGUGCGUGGAUUCCACCUGUGGCAAGAAAAACUUGCCUUGGGGCUCGGCCGAGUUCAUCGGACUAGGUUUCCUCGUGUAUGUGACCAUCAUUCUCUCGGAGAAGUUCGGUUCGCCCAUCAUGAAGUCCUGUGCGGUCAUCGUGGGUUUGCUCGUUGGAUGCAUUGUGGCGGCAGCCUGUGGCUAUUUCUCCAGCGAGGCCAUUUCUGCGGCUCCUGUGAUCACUUUCCCCUGGGUCGAGACGUUCCCUUUGAAAAUCUACGGCCCGCUCGUGUUGCCGUUCUUGGCCGUGUACAUAGUUUUGGUCAUGGAGGCCACGGGAGACAUCACGGCCACCUGUGACGUGUCCAGAUUGGAAGUCGAGGGCAAGGAGUUUGAGUCGCGGAUCCAGGGUGGAAUUCUCUGCGACGGAAUCAAUGGUAUUCUUUCCGGCUUGAUGACCGUGACGCCCAUGUCCACCUUUGCCCAGAACAACGGUGUGAUCUCCGUGACCAAGUGUGCCAACAGGAAGGUCGGCUACUGGUGUGCAUUUUUCUUGAUCAUCAUGGGUGUAUUUGGCAAGUUUGCCGGUGCUAUCGUGUCGAUUCCCAAGCCGGUGUUGGGAGGCAUGACUUCGUUCUUGUUCACGUCCGUGGCUGUUUCCGGUAUCAAAAUCAUCUCCACCACCGAGUUCACAAGAAGAGACAGGUUUGUGCUCACGUCGUCGCUUUUGCCUGGUUUCGGAGCUACCUUGGUGUCCACCUGGUUUGCCAAUGUCUUCACGUAUGAUGGCGACAACCAGUCGUUGCAAGGAUUCUAUGAUGCCAUCGUCUUGGUCAUGGAGACCGGGUUUGCUGUGACGGGUUUUGUUGGUUUGAUUUUGAACUUGAUCUUGCCCCAAGUUUCCGAUGACGUGGAGGAAAUCAACGAGCUUGUGUUGGAGACCGUUGGAUCUGCAGACGAACAAGGCUUGCAAGCCUAUGCCACCAAGGAGCAGCAGGCUUUCAGCACCACUGUCAAGGAGACCUCGUCUUCGAACCUCUGAUGUGCCCACGCUUGCGAAAACCCGUUCAAUUCUUUGCUCUAUUUUAUUUAUUCAAUUUCACCUCACUUGUAUUGAUAUUAUUUCAGACCAGCUGUUCGGAGCCGUGCAUUAGUCAUGGCGUAGUCUAAGUAAAUGGUAGAACCUCGAGUGGUUUGCGGUGAGUGAC